AGAGAGAAAGCGCAUGGUGCAGCCAACAGAGACAUGGAGGGAAGAGAAUAUCCACAGCAUAAGCUAUAAGUUAAGCAUUAAUGCAGCCUGAGAGAAAUAAGAAUGGCUUCGGAAGAUAAAAAAGUGCUUUUAUAUUUUUAAUUUUAUAAGGGCAAUAAUGUUAAUAAGAAUUAAAUAAAAGCUAACACGUUAAACAGGUUGAUUAACAAAGAAAUAAAAUCGGGGAAGAUUCGUGUUUGCGAGCUCGAUCACAUUGAGCUCACACGCCUUUCUUCGUCACUCUUCACUCGCUCACGUCUUUCACGUUCUUGGUGUUGGUUUCAGAAAUUGAGUUAGUCUUAAAGUGAAAAGAAGCUAUGAGAUAAAGCCGCGGGAGGUAGAGAGAGAAAAUCAGCUGCAAGUGUAACGAGUGUUGUUUGUGUGAGGGGUAGAGAGAAACAAGAAGCGUGGUGAAGAGUUGGGCGUUUGGAUUUGCAAUUGGAAGAGAAGUGAGUGAGUUGGUUCGAUGUCGCAGAUACUGAAGGAGCCGGAGCAGGUGAUGAAGAUGAGAGGAGGAGGUGUGUUGGGGAAGAGAACGAUUCUCAAGAGCGACCAUUUCCCUGGUUGCCAGAACAAGCGUUUGUCGCCUCAGAUCGAAGGCGCUCCCAAUUAUCGUCAGGCAUCGGACUCGUUGCAUGUUCACGGUGUUGCCAUUCCAACCAUUGAUGGAAUUCGGAACGUUCUCAACCACAUUGGUGCUGGAUUGAAAGUUCUCUGGAUUAGCCUUCGUGAGGAACCGCUUGCCUACAUUAAUGGUCGUCCUUUUGUUCUGCGUGAUGUGGAGAAGCCGUUCUCCAACCUUGAGUAUACGGGAAUUAACAGAGAAAGGGUUGAGCAAAUGGAAGCUCGUUUGAAAGAAGACAUCCUGGUGGAGGCAGCAAGAUAUGGAAAUAAGAUUCUUGUGACUGAUGAACUGCCAGAUGGGCAGAUGGUGGACCAAUGGGAGCCGGUGUCAUGUGAUUCUGUGAAGACACCACUAGAGGUGUAUGAGGAAUUGCAAGUAGCGGGAUAUCUUGUUGAUUAUGAACGCGUUCCUAUAACUGAUGAAAAAUCACCCAAGGAAAUGGAUUUUGAUAUUUUGGUUAAUAAAAUUUCUCAAGCUGAUGUAGACACGGAGAUAAUUUUUAACUGUCAAAUGGGGCGUGGUCGAACCACAACUGGAAUGGUCAUUGCAACUUUGGUCUACCUCAACAGAAUAGGAGCCUCUGGGUUUCCAAGAAGCAAUUCCAUUGGGAGAAUUUUUCAAAGUAUGACCAAUGUUGCUGAUCAUUUGCCUGACACGGAAGAAGCAAUUCGCAGAGGAGAGUAUGCAGUCAUUAGAAGUUUGAUUCGGGUGUUAGAGGGUGGGGUUGAGGGGAAAAGGCAAGUGGACAAAGUCAUUGACAAAUGUGCUUCAAUGCAGAACCUGCGUGAAGCAAUUGCCACUUAUCGCAAUAGUAUUUUGCGGCAGCCUGAUGAGAUGAAAAGGGAAGCAUCACUAUCAUUUUUUGUUGAGUACCUGGAGAGAUACUACUUUUUAAUAUGCUUUGCUGUGUACAUUCAUUCAGAAAGGGCUGCACUCCGUUCUAAUACUACUGAUAACUGUAGCUUUGCUGACUGGAUGAGAGCAAGGCCUGAACUCUACAGCAUUAUUCGCAGGUUACUUAGGAGAGAUCCAAUGGGUGCACUUGGUUAUUCAAGUUUGAAACCAUCUCUAAAGAUGAUAGCUGAAUCGACUGAUGGCCGCCCUUCUGAGAUGGGUGUGGUUGCUGCCUUGAGAAAUGGCGAGGUUCUUGGUAGUCAAACUGUUCUCAAGAGUGAUCACUGUCCUGGAUCCCAAAACCCAAGUUUACUUGAGAGUGUGGACGGUGCUCCUAAUUUCCGAGAAGUUCCUGGGUUUCCAGUUUAUGGAGUGGCAAAUCCAACAAUUGAUGGUAUUCGAUCUGUCAUCCGGAGGAUUGGAAGUUCUAAAGGUGGACGCCCAAUACUUUGGCAUAAUAUGAGAGAAGAACCUGUUAUUUACAUCAAUGGGAAGCCAUUUGUUCUUCGUGAAGUUGAAAGGCCAUACAAAAACAUGUUGGAGUACACGGGCAUUGACCGUGAAAGAGUGGAGAAAAUGGAAGCCCGAUUAAAGGAAGAUAUCCUAAGAGAAGCUAAACACUAUGGUGGUGCCAUAAUGGUUAUUCAUGAAACAGAUGAUAAGCAUAUAUUUGAUGCUUGGGAGUUUGUUAGCCCUGAUGUAAUUCAAACCCCACUUGAAGUUUUCAAAAGUCUGGAAGCUGAGGGAUUCCCUGUUAAGUAUGCACGUGUGCCCAUCACUGAUGGAAAAGCUCCUAAAAGCUCUGAUUUUGACACUUUAGCAAUUAAUAUAUCUUCUGCUGCCAAGGACACUGCUUUUGUUUUCAAUUGCCAGAUGGGCAGGGGCAGGACAACCACUGGUACUGUCAUAGCUUGCCUUGUGAAACUUCGAAUCGAUUAUGGUAGGCCCAUUAAAAUACUGGGUGAUGAUGUGACCUGUGAAGAAUCAGAUUGUGGUUCUUCAAGUGGAGAUGAAGCUGGGACUUAUGCCACUUCAUUAACCUCAAAUACUUUGUCAAGAAAGACAGACGAGAAACAAAAUCGUGCUUUUGGUAUAAAUGACAUCCUUUUGUUAUGGAAGAUAACAACAUUAUUUGAUAAUGGUGUUGAAUGCCGAGAGGCAUUAGAUGCUAUCAUUGAUAGAUGUUCUGCACUUCAAAAUAUUCGCCAAGCAGUCUUGCAGUAUAGAAAAGUAUUCAAUCAACAACAUGUUGAGCCUAGGGUAAGGAGGGUGGCAUUGAACCGUGGUGCUGAGUACUUGGAGCGGUACUUUCGUCUAAUUGCUUUUGCAGCAUAUCUUGGAAGUGAAGCAUUUGAUGGAUUUUGUGGACAAGGAGAAUCGAGAAUGACAUUUAAGGUUUGGUUGCAUCAAAGGCCAGAGGUGCAGGCUAUGAAAUGGAGCAUCAGACUAAGACCGGGGCGUUUUUUCUCUGUCCCUGAGGAGUUGAGAGAGCCACAAGAGUCUCAACAUGGAGAUGCUGUGAUGGAGGCCAUUGUCAAGGCCAGAAAUGGUUCUGUUUUGGGGAAAGGCUCCAUUCUGAAAAUGUAUUUCUUUCCUGGACAGAGAACUUCCAGUCAUAUACAAAUUCAUGGCGCACCUCAUGUUUUCAAGGUUGAUGAAUACCCUGUGUAUUGCAUGGCAACUCCAACCAUCUCUGGUGCCAAAGAGAUGCUAGACUAUUUGGGUGCUAAGCCUAAACCUCCAUUCAUUGCUCAAAAGGUUGUAUUGACUGAUCUGAGAGAAGAGGCAGUUGUUUAUAUCAAUUAUACUCCCUUUGUCCUUAGGGAGUUAAACAAACCAGUUAAUACACUCAAGUACGUGGGAAUCACGGGUCCUGUGGUGGAACACAUGGAAGCACGGCUAAAAGAAGAUAUACUAGCUGAGAUUAGACAAUCAGGUGGGCGAAUGCUUUUACACCGUGAAGAAUAUAACCCCUCGACAAAUCAGUCAGGUGUGGUUGGAUACUGGGAAAACAUUCGAGCAGAUGAUGUGAAGACACCUGCGGAAGUUUAUUCUGCUCUGAAAGAUGAUGGAUAUGAUAUUGUCUACCAGAGGAUACCUUUAACAAGAGAGAGAGAUGCUUUGGCAUCUGAUAUUGAUGCAAUACAGUAUUGUCAAGAUGAGUUGAUGAGCUGGGUGGCUUACCAUGACUUCCACCUAGGUAGUUACCUUUUUGUAUCACACACAGGUUUUGGUGGUGUCGCAUAUGCAAUGGCCAUAAUCUGUAUCCGACUUGAUGCUGGAUCCAAAGUCUCACAACCAUUAUUUGGACCUCAUAUAUAUGCAGUGACUGAAGAGAACUUGCCUUCUCAAGCUUCCAAUGAAACGGCACUUAGUAUGGGUGACUAUAGUGACAUUUUGAACCUUACAAGGGUCCUCAUACAUGGUCCCCAAAGCAAAGCAGACGUUGACCUUGUCAUUGAAAGAUGUGCAGGUGCAGGGCAUAUAAGAGAAGAUAUUCUAUAUUACAAAAGAGAAUUUGAGAAGUUCACUGAUGAUGAUGAUGAGGAACGAGCAUGUCUUAUGGACAUGGGUAUCAAAGCUUUGAGGCGAUAUUUUUUCCUUAUCACUUUCAGAUCUUAUCUCUACUGCACUUCUCCUGCCAAUGUGAAAUUUGCAGCAUGGAUGGACGCAAGACCAGAGCUUGGUCAUCUAUGUAACAAUCUAAGAAUUGACAAAUAACAUGGCAAUGCUUAUAAUCAUGUCGUUACUGUUCUGUGGGCGUUUGCUGUUACAGUGACAGUUUGAGCCACCCUGUAACCUCUCCUCGUGCUGCACAAUACCUUAUUUUUGCUACAAAGCCUUCAAAUGUAGUACACUAUGCACGCAUGCUACUUUGUGAACUGCAAUCUCAGGCAGAGCAACAUCCUGCACUCAUUUUGUGUAGCUUUGUAUGUUACGAGAGGCUGGCUGACACAAGGCACAAAUAUUGGUGCACUAAAGUGUUCAUUCGAGACCUUUAGGACAGUAGGUUACACUGUUGAGGAAUGUUAUAGUAACUCUUCCAAGAUUGUAUUUCUAUGUCAUGUUGUUUCGGGAGGGUUUGUAAAGGAUGAAAAGUAGGGCAUCAAUAGGAUUGGAAAAGAUAUCAUUUUAGUGUGAGGGAGGAAACUUCCCUAUUUCUCUGUAAGCCCAAGAUUUAAUGUCCUUAAUUUAGUUAUUUCACUCAUUCAUUUGUAUUUUUGUAUGCUAUCUUCCUUUAUCGAAUAGUUAAUUCUCUCUUGGCUUAACAUAGUUCAACAGAA